AUGUGCACUAAUAACCCGACACCGGGAGGCCUGACGUGCACCCACACGGGCGAACACCUCUACCUGCAACCUGAACCAAUACCCACCUGGACCAUCACACCUGUCAGCCGAGCUGCCGCAACAGAAACAUCCAAUUUUAUCCAAUGCGCACGCCGCGAGCUCUUCCCAUCACUCAUCGGAUCCCCGCCAUGGGACCUAACGCAUUUCACCGAAGCCUACAUCACAGGCGAGGGCCAUUUUCUAGUCGCCCAUGACCAAGGCCAAUUGAUCGCUGGUCUCGGAUACUUGCCGUACGACCAUCGCUUCCCUCAUCUUGGUCUAGACGAUCGUAAAACUGUGGAGAUCGUACGCUUAUUCGUCACCCCCAAAUACCGUCGCUUCGGCCUGGCGGCGGAAAUGUUCGCGGCCCUGCGUAAGCAUGCGAUUGAAGCAGGUGUUGAAUGCUUAUACCUACACACCCAUCCUUUUCUGCCUGGGGCGAUCCGCUUCUGGGAGCGCCAGGAAUUCAACAUUGUCGAUGUUGAGAGCGAUCCUUCCUGGCAGACCACGCAUAUGCGACUUGCGCUGACGCCAGGCUGA